ACUUUAUGUUGUGAAACCUGUCUUCUUGUUUGGAGCGAGCCAACGCUUACAGUUCAUGUCGUACUGCACCUUUCAAUGACGAAACUCAGAAAAAAUGAAUUGUAACACUGAGAGCAGAAACACAACGGAGAAGGGUUCCCAACCAGCUUCCAACCCGAAGAGAGGAAGAAGAUGCAUUCAAGCGCCUCACACUCCGGAAGAAAUCGGCUAACACAUCCUAGUCGAGGCUUGCAGGCCCACAUCUGGCCUUCGGGCCGCCUCUUUCCACCCGCUUCCCUUUCCGCCCCGGCAACCGGGAGCGCGCGGCUCAGCGCAGGGACGCAAAGCGGGCGAGCGCGCGCAGGCAGGCAGGCCUGGCCGGUCUCCGCCUGCCUCGCGCUGUCGGCCAUGGCGGCUGCAACGGCGGCCUCGCAGCGGGACCCUGCCGGAGACUGGCAGGACUUUUCCGGCUUCCAGCCGCCCGCCGCGGAGGCCGAUCGUCCGGAACCCCCGGCCGCGCCGACUGGCGAGGGGGGGCCUUGGGACGAUGGAGGUGGCGGCGACCUGGGGACCAAGCUUCCGCUUUGCUUUGAGCCGCCUCGGUAUGGCGAGGGCGGAGGAGCUCAUCUCCCGCUGCGACCCCUGGGCGAGCAGACCGUCUUGCAGGAGGACGAGAUUUGGAAUGCUUUGACUGAUAACUAUGGUAAUGUAAUGCCAGUGGACUGGAAGUCUUCCCAUACCAGAUCACUACACUUGCCAACCCUGAAUCUUUCUGAAAAGGGAGUAAGUAUUGAAUUGGUUUUUCAGAUUGAAACUAUGGAACAGAAACCAUAA